AUGCUUGUGCCACUCCGCCACCCGCCACCAUUCUCAUUGUUGAAGAAAGGCAUCAAAUGGACGGUGCUGGCAUCCUUUGAUUCGCUCUUCACUAUAUCACAUGUUUUGUCUUCUCCCCUCCUUUGUUCUAGAUCACCCAUGCUACCUCGCGAUUAUCUCUUAUGUCUUGAAGAUGUUUCACAGUCUCCUAUCUAUUUCAUUUCGCUAGAUCCCGAAUCAGUGUACCUUUGCAUAUGCCCAAUACCAGCCUAUACCUCUGAUUUAAGCGGAUCAUCCUUUCCUUUAGGGUCUAUCAAAUUCGAUCGCACAAACGUUGGCAUCUCCUCCUGA